AUCAGCAAAGCAACAGUAAAAAAGAAAGAAAACAACAAUCAACAAUCGAUAAUCGAUAACAGUUAAUCGCAAAUUGUGAACGGCUAAUCGAUAACCCAUCGAUAGCAAUCAGCAUAGACAGACAGACCCACACACACACACACACACACACGCACACACAGAGACUAGAGAUGGACUCGCUGGAGCGUCUAAUGCGAGCCGCCCCACUGCCCCGCAUGCUGACCAGCGGUGUGGUGGCAACGGCCGCCGCUGCCGCUGCCAGCGCCGCUGCUGGCGUCAAGGGCGUCGUCGGCAUCGCCGGCCAGCAGCAGCAGCAGCAGCAGCGCGCCCUGGUCCACGCCUCGCUGGCCGCAGCCACAGUGGGACGCAAGGGACGCCAUCUGACCGGGACAUUUUGCUUGACCGGCGACACCAUGGAGGGCAUCAUACAGUGUUUGGUAUUUCUCAAAGCGUUCUCGCUCGUCGGCGGCGAAUUCGAUAUGGAAUUGAAUUUUGUGAUACAGGAUGCGCAGAAUAUAAAGCAUAUGCUGGAGCUGCUGGAUCAUUGUCCGCCCAAUUUGCAGGUGAGUUGCGAUAACGAAAGGAAAAAAGAAAACGAGUGUGUGU